AUGAACAACAACAACAAUGAAGAGAAAGAGAAGGAGGAAGUGGAGAGCAAAGAAACAGAAGAGGAGGCUAAGGAGAAGGAGGAAACGGAGAACAAAGAAAAAGAGGAGAAGGAGGCAAAGGAAAAAGAGGAGCUAGAGAAAAAAGAAAAAGAGGACAAGGAGGCCAAAGAAAAAGAGGAACAAGAGAAAAAAGAAAAAGAGAAGAAGGAGAAAGAAAAUAAUAAGCCCAAAGAGCUCUUCGUAAUAAACCCGGCUGGUGCUCUUUACUAUAACUGGCUGUUCAUCAUCACUCUGCCCGUCAUGUACAACUGGACCACUAUCAUAGCCAGGGCCUCUUUUGAGGAGCUGCAACAUAACUUCUUCAAAUAUUGGGUUGUUUUGGAUUACACCUCAGACUUCAUCUACCUUUUGGAUAUGGCCUUCAGAACCAGAACAGGUUACCUGGAGCAGGGACUGAUGAUAAAAGAUAAGAAGCUAUUGAUGGAACACUACACCACUAGCUUUCAGUUCCGUCUGGACGUGGUCUCCAUGCUGCCCACGGACGUCAUGUACCUGUACUUCGGCCUGGACUACCCUGAGAUCCGGCUCAACAAGCUGCUGAGGAUCAGCCGCAUGAUGGAGUUCUUUACAAAGACAGAGACCAAGACAAACUACCCCAACAUCUUCCGCAUUGGCAACCUCAUCUUGUACAUCGUCAUCAUCAUCCACUGGAACGCGUGUUUUUUCUUCUCCUUCUCCAAGUACAUUGGCUUUGGUGCAGACGACUGGGUCUACCCGGCCUUGGAUGACCCUGAGCAGCCUGCCUUUGGACAGGGCAUGAGGAAGUAUUCCUUCAGCCUGUACUGGUCCACUCUGACACUAACCACCAUCGGAGAGACCCCACCUCCAGCUCUGGACUCUGAGUUCUUCUUUCACGUGGUGGACUUCCUCGUUGGCGUCCUGAUUUUUGCCACCAUUGUGGGUAACAUCGCCACCAUGAUCUCCAACAUGAACGCCGCCCAGGCCCAGUUUCAGUCCCGCAUUGACAACAUAAAGCAGUACAUGCAGGUGCGAAAAGUCAGCAAGGAUCUGGAAGACCGGGUUAUUAAAUGGUUUGAUUACCUUUGGAACAACGGCAAGGCCCAGGACGAAAGGGAGGUGCUGAGGUAUCUCCCGGACAAACUGAAAGCUGAGCUCGCCAUCCAAGUCCAUAUGGACACCCUGAAGAAGGUCCGUAUCUUUGCGGACUGCGAGGCAGGUCUGCUGAUCGAGCUUGUGCUGAAACUCCGACCACAGGUGUUCAGCCCGAAUGACUACAUCUGCAAGAAAGGCGACAUCGGCCGCGAGAUGUACAUCAUCAAGGACGGCCAGCUCGCCGUGGUGGCCGAUGAUGGGGUGAAACAGUUCUGUGUCCUAGGCAGCGGCAGUUACUUUGGCGAGAUCAGCAUCCUCAACAUCAAAGGCAGCAAGGCGGGUAACCGACGCACGGCCAACAUCCGGAGCAUCGGGUACUCUGACCUCUUCUGCCUGUCCAAGGAUGACCUGAUGGAGUCCCUCACAGAGUACCCCGAUGCCAAGGGAAUGCUGGAGGAGAAGGGCAAGCUGAUCCUGAUGAAGGACAAUCUCAUAGACCUGGACCCGGCAAACAUCAAACCGGAGGUAAAGGAACUGGAGGAGAAGGUCAACCGCCUGUACAGCAUCAUGGAUUUGAUGCAGAUCAAGUUGAAGAAGGUCCUUGUCAAACACAAGAGCGCAGAUGUGGCUUUGAAACAGCAAAUCCGGGAGUUGGAGAUCCUGUCAGGAGAAGAGGUGAUGGACGAGGAGGAUGGAGAACAGGAGGUGACCGCGGGAGAAACGGUGGCAGGAGAGGAGAAGAAAGAAGAAAAGGUGGAAGAGGAAGAGAUGAAAGAAGGUGAUGACCAGGACGCAGACACCAAGGAGGAUGUGAAGAAAGAUGAGGAUAAGGAUGGUGAAUGAACAAGACGUAGAUGUAAAUAAUGAAAGAGGCUACUAAUGAAGUCGAAAAAAGAAGCCAUUGGUUUACAGGAAGCGAGUCAACCCAUGGAUCAUCCAUAUGAAGAUCUGAUCUGGUUAUUAGUGACAGCCACAUUAUUGAAGAAUUUUUUGUUGUCUUUCGUCAUCUAUUUCUAACUUGCUUUUGACCAAAUGAAUAUAAUCCAAAUCAAAAUUUGCGGGGAGCCAAAGAAAAUGCCUAUAAAUAAAAAAAAUGGUAAAAUAGGAUUAUGAUUGUUUCAUAAUUGUAGUACUGUACUUUUAAUUUACAUGUUUUUGUUGUGACUUCCAUAUUUUAGAAACAGUG